GGGAGAAGUAGAAAGUAGAGAGUCUUUUUAUGGGAGUAUAUCCGACCUAUUCCCAUCGAAUACUCGGUCAACCACACUUGCAACGACGCAAGUGGAGCGUCAUUGGGCUUGGAGCAGGAGCAUCGAGGCUGUACCUUGCCAAACACUUGGAGGAUCGCAGAGAGACACCGAGCUCGCGAACUACGAGAAGGACCCUCGUGUGGGAGGUACUUGGCUCGAGACUUCCUCCGGAUUCUUCCCCGCAAAUUGAGGCCAGAACCCACUUAUUCUCCCUCCCUGACCUGUUCAACAUCACGACACUCAGCACUCCACCCCUUCGACUACCGGCAGAGGCAUCCAUCAUGCAACAUUCUCCCGCUUCAAAUACGGCGUCCCAAUGCGCGAUAUGCAGCCGGACCUUCGCCCGCCCGGACCAUCUCCGCCGCCACGAACUAUCUCACGUGAGUCCCAAGGCGAAGUCCUGUACAGUCUGCCAUCGCAAGUUCACGCGAAUGGAUGGCCUACAGCGUCAUUGUAGGACGGUACACCCCGUAGAGCACGCCGCAGAGAUUGGAAACAGGCGCACUUCUUCAUCAGCCGCAAGUUCACCAACCAGCCCCAAACGGCCGAGAUUGAACGAGGCUCCACCGGGCGCUUUGCAACAUCUGAACGAAGAACGAGAAAGCAAUGACUUUAGCGACGACGCCGUGCAAGAGCUGGGCCAAGAACCAGAAUACUUUAACUUCGACAACGACGACGUCCUAGAGACUACAACUCGAGGCACGGGCGAUUUUGGUCUCGCACAGGCCGUGGCCGAAGCGUUUCCAGGCCUGUGGCCGGAUGUUAGAGACUUCUUACGCUCGACCACGCAUGAUGCUCCCAUUGACGAAAACGGAGGAACGAACCAUUAUGACAGCAACACGCUGGUACUUGGACAUGGAGCGUGGAGCCCGCCUAUAAGCACCCUCUGUGGACUCGAGACCGACAGACCGCUUGACAGACCAUUCCCGGCAUUCGACUUUCGUGCUUCUCUCGAUGAGUUGCUCACACCUGACCGACAUGUGCAUCCUCCAAGUGGCCCAUUUGGAUUUGAAUUUCAUACCUGGGCCACAUCUUCGCCAGGUCUGGUCCGGCCCAACUUAUCCUCGCCCUCGGUUCCGAGGACUUUCCAGAACGGUACCUGCAGCGUUGAUGAAAUCCUUACCAAUAUCGAUAUUGCAAGUUUGUUAGCUGCGUACAAAACUCACUCGUACCCAAAUAUUCCGCUGCUGCAUCUACCGACCUUCCGGCUUUUCUCAGCAGACCUGAGUACGUCAGAUCUCGAAGACUGCAUUUCAAACCCUCGAUUCGAUGCCAGCACAGCACCAUUCAAUACCCGCAAUGGGAGAAAAAUGCCUCGUUGCCUUCUGUACUCUAUUAUUGCGCUUGGUGCAGCAUACAGUCUAUGUCCACUCCUCGCACAAAGGUUCUUCGAAGAGACUGGAUCCGAAGUGCGGAAGUAUCUCAGAAGAUCAUCAUAUGAAUCCUCACAAAUGCCCCCGCCAGAUGUUUCUGUUAUCCAAGCCUUUAUUCAAUAUAUCCAGUUCUGUUUUUGCGAGGGAAACCAAGUGCUCGAGCAAGUAGCUGUCCAACACAUCUGCUGCCUUGCUUCUUUGGUCCAAGAUGCAAAGCUAGGGAAAGUGAACGUUGCGGCAUCAACUAGAGCCUCGGAAAACGCUGUGAACUCAGAUUGGCAUACAUGGGCCCUGUUCGAGGAAAGAAAACGCACCUAUUUCUGCGCCUAUUUUGUUUGCAGUGCCGGACUGACGUUGAUCAAUCCGGCCCAGCCCUUCAUUGGCCAUUCCCACAUUGAACUGGAGCUGCCCUGUCGAGAAGCACUUUGGGAGGCCGGCACCGAAAAGCAAUGGAAGGCCCUGGGUAUUGAAGCAGCUGAUGUAUGCCCUCUUCAAAGCACAUUAUCAAGUUUAUUUCCACCGAAAAUCGUUCCACCACCCGAAACUACAAUUGACCUUGGCGCCUUGGGGUCGGUUGAACGUACCUUCAAGAUGUCUAUAGCGAUGAUAGCCGCGCAUACGGAACAAGGGCCCGCAAUGGAACCUCUAACAAAUACGGCCAGCAUCAAAACGGAUUUGAUUUCGAACGUUAGCGAGUUCGGUUGCUUGGUGCUGAUCCUCGCACUCAACGAGAGCGUCUGGGCCUGGAGGAAACAACAACAAGACCAUGAACGAACCUCCCCACAAGACGCGCAACAACUGAAAGAUUUCAAGCACGCACUCGACACGUGGCAAGCGAUGUGGCAACGUCUCCCAAAAAGCAAAGAGAACCUCACUCUUGGUGACAAAGUCCUACUCGGCUGCCUUCCCAUCUUUGACCACACCAAACUCGCCCUCCAAGUUGAUAUUUCUCUCGCUAAAGACGCACUCCACAGUCGGAACUAUCAACGAACAAACGCGAUUUUCAAGAGCAUAUUCGACGGCUCCAUCGAAAACGACAAUUCCUCCCUAUCGCCUCCAAACGACAACCUUGCAACAGCGGAGCACGCCGAAGCCGUUAGGUUACGUGGACUUCACCCAUACACCGAAUGCCGCGAAGUCGCAGCUUAUGCAAUAUCCGCCCUCAGACUCUCAUAUGAAAUGGCUCCAUGGUGGUCCGAGGGAGGCGAAGCAUUUGAUAUUCCCGUCAUCUCUGCCAUUACAGCUUUCCACUGCACGCAAAUUGUGUGCGGCUGGCUGUCUUUCGUAGCAGCAACCUUCGAAGCUUAUGUGCGAGACUUCAACGCGGCUUCGGGCGAAGAGGUUUGA